UGUUUCACGCAAAUUAGCAGUCACUUGACGGUAUUUUGUCGUGGGUGAGUUGUCUUGUGUUCACCAUAUUUGUGAAUGAAUAAAAAGCAUAAAACAUAAAACCUGCGGGUAUCCAGAAAAGUUUUUCCGACACAACAUAUUCCACGAAUGUUCCAGCAUCGUUCCGAUAACAAAGAUUAAAUUAUUUAUUGUGAUUAGGUUAAGUUAUCGCCGUGUGUUUGGAUUUUUGAUCGAUCGAGUUUUCGAUCGCUGACACGUAGAACGAAGUUCUGUGAAAUCAUCCAAUUGAGGAGUAGCUUCUCAAAUAACUAGAAAACAUUGCCAUCGCUAUAAGUUGAUCGGAACCAGUCCUCGUCAAAGAUGGUCAAAUUGUACGCCCUGAGCGUUUUCUACAAGGCACCGAGCGAGGUUCGGCUACUGAAGUCUACGUACGACUUGCAAAGUUUCUCUUUCUUCCAGCGAGGGUCGGUGCAAGAGUUUAUAAGUUUCGCAAGCAAAACGUUGGUGGAACGGACCCAGGCAGCCACUCGCCAGUCCGUUAAGCAGGAUGUCUAUAUGUGCCACGUUUACGUGAGAGCGGACAACCUGGGCGCGGUGCUCAUUUCCGAUCACGAAUAUCCGCAUCGGGUGGCCCACACCCUGCUCACCAAAGUGCUCGACGAUUUUAGCGCCAAAAUAGGCGCUGACCAGUGGCCUACCGGUUCGGAAAGUUCGAUUGAUUUCGCCACUCUGCCGGCCUUCCUGAGCAAGUACCAGGACCCGAGAGAAGCCGAUGCGCUCACCAAGAUGCAGGAAGACCUGGACGAGACGAAGAUCAUUCUGAAGAACACAAUCGAGGCCGUGCUGGAGCGAGGCGAGAAGCUGGACGACCUUGUGCUCAAAUCAGAAUCUCUGUCAAUGCAUAGCAAAGCGUUUUACAAGACGGCGAAAAAGACCAACUCGUGCUGUAAUUUUGGCUAGGAUGCAGACCCAUUAGGCUAACUAUUAUAGGCUUUAGUAUGUGAACGUCGAAAAGCGACCCGAACAGCUAGGUACCAACCCACCUUACAAGAAAACAUUUUAACUGAAAGAAGAACAAUGACGAUGAUGAUGAUUAAACAAUAAUUAAGUAGCUGGGUUGGUCUGUGCUUCGUUCGAUAAACAAGUCAUUUCUUUUUGUUUUAAGCAUAUAAGUUUGUACCCCGCUGAUAUCUAAGUUUCCGCCAAAAGUAUACAAUUGGUUAGUGUUCUCAUAGAAUGGUCCUAGCAUGGCACUCGGGCAGACAUUAUUAUUCAUUAAACAUUAGUUUUAACUUAAGGCUAAGCAUUAUCCAACUACAUUCUACAAUAAACUAUACUAAAAGCUACAUGGAUGUAUAAUUACCUACUGUAAACCUUCUGAGGGCUAUAAAAUAUGGCGUAAACCUAUAUCGUCGGAAACAUUGUGUUGACACGCUGUGAAAUCGUGUUGUUCUAUAUAAAAAGUGUUUAAAAACGGACGUUUUUGCUGGGCUUUUAUUAAGACAGUAACCAACCAAGGAAUUGCCACGAACAUUUGAACAUUAUGGAUAACAAAACAAAGUAAAAUAAUAGUAACAGUUACUCUACUUGUGAGCGUGUUAUAGGAGAAACUGUUUAUUGGAAUUUCAAAUAUACACAAUUAUUGGCUGCAAGCACUA